GGUAAAAGGAAAAUUUCCGAAACAGACGCAAAUUCCAAAACCCCAUUCCCCCACUCUCCGCCUCCUUAUCUCUCCUGCGGUCGUCGCCGAUUCUGAAUCAGACCCUAAGUGAACAAACAAUCUAUGCUUAACCGAUUCGAUCCUAUAUGGAGACUAAGAAUUAUCACAUUUUCGUUUCUAAAUCUGCUCGAUCCUAUUUCCAAGUUUCACUUUGAAUCAGGUUCGGUUCCCAACUUCUCUCUUCCCUUUAUCUUCUUUUGACAGUACUAUAUACGAUUCUUUCGAUCUCCGGCUCACGAGCUCUAUCGCUGCUCCUUUCGUUUGGUUGUUUUUUCAAUUGAUUUGAAAAGUUAGAUCAAAUCAAGUGACAGAGUCGGUUCUCUAUGCUGUGUGAUUUGAUAAAUGACUUCGAUUCGAAGAACUUUAUCGCCGUAUAACGAUCGUCCGUAUCAGAACGGGGGGAGUCCAUUUGCAGUACAAUCGUCAUCUCAGAAGCUUCUCUCCAAUGGGAAAUAUUCGUCGCCUUUGACUACAUUUGGUGUCGGAAUCCGUAGAUUUCUCGCCGGAGUAGUUUUCCAGAAGUACUCGCGGAAAGGACAAUAUUCAUGGAGGAAAUCGUUUUACAGGUGCUUAUUGUUCUUCUUGAUAGGGAUUUUAUUAGGUAUGACACCAUUUGGUGGCGUCGAAGACGUUCGAAAUCACGAUUUUUCAUUUGAGAUCAAGCCACCUGUGGUGAAUGUACAAGAGGAUGUGAGCGAUGUAGUGGUGGCUAGACCGGAGAAUUUUGUGGUGGAUAAAGUGGAAUUACGUGUGGAAACGAAGGUGAAUAUUAAGGAAAGGUUUGAUUUUAUGCCUAGNGUGAGCGAUGUAGUGGUGGCUAGACCGGAGAAUUUUGUGGUGGAUAAAGUGGAAUUAAGUGUGGAAACGAAGGUGAAUAUUAAGGAAAGGUUUGAUUUUAUGCCUAGGAAACAGUUAAUUGUGGUGACGCCGACUUAUAAUAGGGCGCUUCAGGCGUAUUACUUGAAUAGAUUGGGUCAGGUGCUAAGGCUUGUUAGGCCACCGAUUCUGUGGAUUGUGGUGGAGAUGCAUGUGGCAUCAUUGGAAACUGCACAGAUUUUGAGGAGUACUGGUGUUCUGUAUCGUCAUCUGGUGUGCAUGAAGAAUUUGACGGAUAUAAAGGACAGGGGUGUUCAUCAAAGGAAUACGGCUUUGGAGCACAUUGAGCACCAUAAGCUUGAUGGGAUUGCAUACUUUGCAGACGAUGAUAAUAUCUAUUCCCUCGAUUUGUUCGAGAGCAUGAGAGAAAUCAGGUAUUUUGAGCUUAAGGCUGCUGAAAUCCUUGUUCACAUGCUUGGGCUUUCUCUUAUGGGUAUUCAGUAUACUGAUUCACUUGUGCAUUACAGCCGUUUUGGCACCUGGCCCGUUGCCAUGCUUGCACAAAGCAAAAACAAAGCAAUAUUGGAAGGUCCAGUGUGCAACGGAAGUCAAAUUAUUGGAUGGCACACAAAUGAGAAGAGUAAACGACUCCGUAGAUUUCACGUUGAUAUGUCAGGCUUUGCCUUCAACAGCACCAUAUUGUGGGAUCCAAAAAGAUGGAAAAGACCUUUUCCAUAUCCAAUUCGGCAGUUUGACACUGUGAAGGAGGGUUUCCAAGAGACCACAUUUAUAGAACAAGUAGUGGAAGAUGAAAGUCCAAUGGAAGGUAUCAUUCCUGGUUGUUCAAAGAUUAUGAGCUGGCAUCUCCAUUUAGAAGCUCAGGGACUUGUUUAUCCUAGAGGUUGGCAGCUCCAGAAAAACCUAGAUGCUGUUCUCCUAGUUAAGUGA